UUCCAGAACCUAGAGUUUUUGAAAGAAAACGAUCAAAACAUGCCAUUUGGAACACAACAUUGAAAUGGAUUUAUUCAUUAUUUUUCUAUCACAUUUUGGAGGGCUAAAGUCAUCUGUUUGGAAGAAUGUGUCUGAGGUCAGUGUUAUCCCAGAAUGGAGGAGCCUGUGUCACUGAGCCCUGAGCUCACCAACAUUAUUAAACCUAAUCCCAGAUCCACUCAAACAGAUUGAACCCUGUACAGGGACUCACCCCCUAGAGCUCAGGUACUGAGCUGGCAGGUGAAACUGGAAACAUCUGUCUUUCUUUUUAUUUACGAAUUCCAACCUGGACACUUUCCUCCUUGACACCAUGGGCCGAGAUGGACUCUCGAUGGCGGUGACCCUCUUUUUCUCUGGCAUUCUCCUGGUGGCCGUCCUGGCACUGCUCUGCUAUUUCACCUGCAGGCUGGCUAGUGUGAUGCCGAUUGGUGGGCCCAACCACUUCUGAGCUUCACUCAGAGGAUAGACCUGCGUCUGUGGCACGACUCACUCUAGUUUGGGAUGUGGUAUGUGACGGUAGUCCCAGGUAACACUACGACCAUGACAUUUUUUCUCAUCAUCUGCUCAUGUCUGGCCUGGGGAGGCCUGGGGAAGCCUCAGUUUCCUGACCAAGAGAAAGAUCCCCUGUUCUGGAACACAUGGGCCCAGCAUACUUUGAAGAAUGCCCUCACACUUCAGAAGCUCAACCAAAACACUGCAAAGAACCUCAUCCUCUUCCUUGGUGAUGGAAUGGGCAUUCCCACAGUGACUGCAGCACGAAUACUGAAGGGGCAGCUGAGCGGACAGAGUGGAGAGGAGACCCAGCUGGAGAUGGACAAGUUCCCCUUUGUGGCGCUUUCCAAGACGUAUAACACCAAUGCCCAGGUAGCAGAUAGUGCAGGCACGGCCACAGCAUACCUCUGUGGGGUGAAGGCCAACGAGGGCACUGUGGGCGUGAGUGCAGCUGCUGUCCGUUCCCAGUGCAACACCACACAGGGUAAUGAGGUCACCUCCAUCCUAAAAUGGGCCAAGGAAGCAGGCAAGUCGGUGGGAAUAGUCACAACAACGCGUGUGAACCAUGCCACCCCCAGCGCAGCCUACGCUCACUGUGUGGACAGGGACUGGUUCUCUGAUGGCGAGAUGCCCGCUGAGGCAGUACAGGCGGGCUGCAAGGACAUCGCCAGGCAGCUCUUUGAGAACAUUCCCAACAUUGAUGUGAUUAUGGGAGGAGGGAGGAAGUACAUGUUCCCCAAAAACCAGUCAGAUGUGGAGUAUCCUGGAGAUAAGAAACAUUUUGGUACCCGCAAAGAUGGAAGGAACUUGGUGGAGGAGUGGACUAACAGAAUGAAAAACAAGAAAGCCCAGUAUGUAUGGAACAAGAGAGAACUUCUAUCAGUAAAUCCUAAUAAUGUGGAUUACAUUUUGGGUCUGUUUGAGCCGGGAGAUCUGCCCUACAACCUGGAGAGAAACACUGAGACAGAUCCUUCCCUGACAGAGAUGGUGGAGGUGGCCAUCAAGAUCCUGAGGAAAAACCCCAGGGGAUUCUACCUGCUGGUGGAGGGGGGGCGCAUCGACCACGGACAUCAUGAGGGCAAAGCCAAGCAGGCCCUACAUGAGGCAGUGGAGAUGGACCGGGCCAUCGGCCGUGCCGGCCUCAUAACCAGCAUCUAUGACACAAUGACUGUCGUCACUGCUGACCACUCUCACAUGUUCAACUUCGGCGGCUACACACCAAGAGGGAACACCAUUUUUGGACUGGCUCCCAUGUUGAGUGAUGUGGACCAGAAACCCUUUACCGCUAUCUUAUAUGGGAACGGACCAGGGUUCAAAGUUAUCAACGGUCUGAGAGAGAACGUCUCCACCCUUGACUAUCAGGGAACUAACUAUCAGGCCCAGUCUGCAGUGCCGCUGCGUAUGGAGACUCAUGGAGGAGAGGAUGUGGCUGUGUUUGCUAAGGGCCCCAUGGCUCAUCUGCUGCACGGUGUCCACGAGCAGAACUACAUUCCCCAUGUCAUGGCCUAUGCUGCCUGCAUCGGCCAGAACAGAGACCACUGCAUGUCAUCCGGUAGAGCCUCUAGUCUCAGCCCUGCUCUGCCCAGCCUGGCAGCUCUCCUCACGCUCACCCGCCUCCUCUGCUGACCUUUCACCCCAACCCCCCUCCUGCACCCCACAGCCCCCUCCUCUCCUUAUACAUGUAAUACUCCCACACCCUUUUUCCUGUUGUAAUGUGGAUCUUUUUGUGUGGGGAUUUUCUAUUGUUGAUUUAAAAAGAAUAAUGUCCAGUUGAAUGACUUUGGGACCACUGUAAGGGCAUUUAAAGAUGACUGUUUUGAGCGUUGGUGACGUUCAACCAGAUUCAGUUUUAGAGUAAAUAGGAGGAUAUCACUUUCACUCUACUGUAACAUAUAGGAUAGGUUGUGUUACUCAACUUUGGCAUUUUUCAUCAUUCUGGUAACACCAAAACUAUUUCUGUCAUAUCAGUGGGUUUAACAGAAGGGUAUCACUCUUCUGAUAUCAAUUAUUGUAUGGAAUAAAUGACCUCCCAGUAUUAAUGAUAAAGCAAUGUGGCUGCCCACCUAUUUGUUUUCUGUCAAUUGUAUGACUUUGGAUUAAUCAACUUUUUAAAGAAACCAUUACUUUUUAGAAACCUACUGUAAAGGGAUCGAUUUUUAUAUGAAUAUUUGAUUUCAUCCGCUCCCUCGACCUAAACAGAAGACAAACAGUAAACAGAAUCUACCUCAUCAUUUUUUUUUGGGGGGGGGGGAAGUGAAAACAUUGCAAUGAGGAAAGUAGAGGCUAUAUUUGAAUGUAUAGUUGAAACUUUUUUUAUUACUGAAAUGGUAUGUAAUUCCAUGUUCUUUGUACAUACUUCGUCAAAGGCAUUGGAUGAAAAGAGUCAGAAACACACCCACCAGUAUUUCCAAAAACAGAAGUUGUGGCAAGAUCCCUUAGCCAAUAAAGGAAGUCCUGUUGGUUUUUCAUAAGAUGUUGUCAUAACAUUAUUGGUGUGUGUACUUGGUGUGUGUACUUGGUGUGUGUACUGUCAAUGGGAAGGAAAAGGGGAUACGUGUAGUUGUCAGUUGCAGAACUGAAUGCAUUCAACCGAAAUGUGUCUUCUGCAUUUUACCCCACCCCUCUGAAAUAGUAGAGAUAAUGUCAGUUUGCUUAGAACUGAUUGUGGUUGCACUUUGCAUUCUGGAAACCAUUUGGAAUGGAAUAGAACAAAUUUGUAGUUUCAUUAAGAAAUGUGUAAUGGAACACAAAUUAAUUGAUUCAAUGUUUAUAUUAGAAUGUUUCAUAUAUCUUAUCAAAAGUAGGAUUUAUGAAAAUAAAACAUAUAGUGCAGUUGGAAAUGAUUUGAAAUUAGAUCUCUGUAACAAUGUAGAAUAAAUGGAAUGUAAAGUCAAAACAAACCGAUAUUCAGCAUUUGAGGUUUCCUGCAUUUCGUGUAACUUGUCAACAGCAUGCACUGCUGUGGCUUGUGUGGUAUGUGAAUGGACACUAGCCACAGAGUCCUUGGCAUGGUAUGGUAGUUGAAAAAAUAGAGAAGGACUCAUGUUGGCUGGAGCAUGAAAAUUGAGGUUUAGCUCAGAUGGGUAUGUAGUCCACACUCUGGAACAUCAUUUAUAUGGGUGCCUGCUUGGAAUCUGGGCCCUGGGGGUCUGUGUCUGGUGUGUUCUCCCUACAUAAACCUCUGCAGUAGAGGCUUUACUCUGCUCAUCUCCCACCAUGCAGCCAAUAUAAGACAGCAAUCUAUCUGAUGCAGUGGCGAUUUUGGCAUGUAAAUCUUGGUGGGGCAAACUCCCAUUUUUUUUGUUGUUGUUGCAUGUCAGCAAAGCCACAACACAACACUAAACAAUACAUUAAUUGCACAAUAAUGGUGAAAAACUGUGCCCACAAACUGUUUUGGCCUUCAGCAGUCCCAAAACCUUACUACUGCUACACCUGGCUAUCAGCGGAGCCGUGUCUGGCAGCGAAACAGUUCAAUUCAGCCUAAUUUACUGCCUUUUUAAAAAACAUAGCUGAUAUCUUGCUUAAACAAAUGUGGUUUCUACUGACGAUUGAGAUGUACAAACUAUGGCAUAAGGAUAAGAGGCAAUUCAUAAUUUCGAUUAAGACAUUAAUGAGAGGUCUAGGAUGGGCGAAGUCAAUAUAACUAUUUGUAAGGCACUUUUGAAAUGUACAACGACAGAAUUCAGAACAUGGGCCGUUCUUACAUUAUUCUCCCUGUACACCAAGUCAGAACUGUAGGAUAAAUAAAGGGGGCAUAUAAGCAGACAAUGAAAGCUCUUACAAUAUUCGAUGAUGACAUUGCUCUAAAACAGGCUAAAGGCUACAUGUGUAUCACCUAGUCUGAACAGUGGGCUAAGUUAUGAAGGGAAAAGGGAGCAAAUUAUUAGGGUGAGGCACAUGGACUACUAACAGCUUCCUACACAACAUACACUUGAUAUUACUUUCUUAGCUACAGUAUACAUUUCUCCCUGGCAUAUUACAUCAUUUAUGCAGCAGCAUACAAUACAUUUUUGGACAAACCUUGUUGUGCUGUCCUCACUCAAACAGGAAGGUGGCGUGGAGGUCCUUCGUGGCAAAUUUUGUCAUCAAAACUUGUCAUCAAAGUCUGGCAUUCUCUGGAUUUAUGGUGCUUUCAAGACAACUGUAAAAAAGUUUCCGACUUGAAUUCCGAGUUGGAUGACCAUUUAAAAUGUAUUUUCCCAGUCGGAGCUCGUUUUUUUCUGAGUUCCCAGUUGUCUUGAACUCACUGAAGUCUGAGAUUUCCCAGUUCAGUUUCCAGUUGUUUAGAAUGUGGCAGAAGUUGAAUGUUUAUCCUUUUUAGCUUGGAAAAGCUUGGAAAAGAGAUCCUGAAACCCAGACCGACCACACACCCACUCCACUGAAUAGCAGGCUAGUGAUUUCUUUGCAAUUCUUGCAGUUAGCCACUGAUUCCUUUCAAAACACUCAAUGCUGAAUUUGCGAUUUCCAACUUUCCAACGUUGUGUAAUGGCCGAUGUACACCUAUACAUUUUAUUAAAAUGUAUCUUCAUAUGACAAGGAUUGAAACGGAUUUGCCAGUAGAUUGUCAACUUGAUUCAAGAUGACUUCUAGCUUGCAAACUAAGAUUGUGGAAGUAUGAUGUUGACAUGAUCAGUCCAAUCAAAGCUAUGGUUGUCAUGCCCUGACCUGAGAGAGCCUUUUUAUGUCUCUAUAAUGGUUUGGUCAGGGUGUGAUUUGGGUGGGCAUUCUAUCUUUUGUUUUCUAUGUUUCUUUAUUUCUAUGUUUUGGCCGGGUAUGGUUCUCAAUCAGGGACAGCUGUCUAUCUUUGUCUCUGAUUGGGAAUCAUACUUAGGUAGCCCUUUUUCCCUCCUUCAGUGUGGGUAGUUAACUUUGUAAGAGGCAUCAUAGACCUGUUAAGCUUCACGGUCAUUUUGUAUUGUUUAUUGUUUUGUUGGCGACGUUCUAAUAAAAAGGAAUAUGUAAGCUCA